GAGGCGGCGGCCGGCGGCGGCCGGAGGCGGCGGCGGCGGCGGCCGGGCGCAGGGGCGGGCAGCAUCAUGGCGGACAGAGACAGUGGCAGCGAGCAGGGCGGCGGCGGCGGCGGGGGCGCGCCGGGCUCCGGGGGGCCGGGCUCGGGCGGCGGCGGCGGCGGCGGGGGCCCGGGGGGCGGCCUGCAGCACGAGACGCAGGAGCUGGCCUCCAAGCGGGUGGACAUCCAGAACAAGCGCUUCUACCUGGACGUCAAGCAGAACGCCAAGGGCCGCUUCCUCAAGAUCGCCGAGGUGGGCGCCGGCGGCAACAAGAGCCGCCUCACGCUCUCCAUGUCGGUGGCCGUGGAGUUCCGCGACUACCUGGGCGACUUCAUCGAGCACUACGCGCAGCUGGGGCCCAGCCAGCCGCCCGAGCUGGCGCAGGCGGCCGACGAGCCGCGCCGGGCGCUCAAGAGCGAGUUCCUGGUGCGGGAGAACCGCAAGUACUACAUGGAUCUGAAGGAGAACCAGCGCGGGCGCUUCCUCCGCAUCCGCCAGACCGUCAACCGCGGCCCGGGGCUGGGCUCCACGCAGGGCCAGACCAUCGCGCUGCCGGCGCAGGGGCUCAUCGAGUUCCGCGACGCCCUGGCCAAGCUCAUCGACGACUACGGUGUGGAGGAGGAGCCGGCCGAGCUGCCCGAGGGCACCUCCUUGACUGUGGACAACAAGCGCUUCUUCUUCGACGUGGGCUCCAACAAGUACGGCGUGUUCAUGCGGGUGAGCGAGGUGAAGCCCACCUACCGCAACUCCAUCACCGUCCCCUACAAGGUGUGGGCCAAGUUCGGCCACACCUUCUGCAAGUACUCGGACGAGAUGAAGAAGAUCCAGGAGAAGCAGCGGGACAAGCGCGCCGCCGCCGCCGCCUCCGCGGGCGCCGAGCAGCAGCCCGAGGCGGAGAGCAGCGCCGCCGCCGCCGCCGCCGGGCCGCCCGGGGCCCUGCUGCAGGCCGACGAGCCCGAGGAGGAUUGAUCGCGACUCGGCCUGCCCGCGCUGCCUCCCUGCCUGCUGCACAGAGACACACGCCCCCGCAGAGACUGAGCCUGUCGCGGCCCGCACGGCGAGCCCGCGGCACGCACCCCGAGAGAGACCCAACGCAAGGCGCCCAAAGCGGAAAACCAGGCAACCGGACGGAAAGCCGAAGCGACGACGAAAAUGUACC